GCGUGGAAUCCGAGUCUGCGCCAUGCCUCGCAGAGGCGUGUCCUCUAGCUCGUGCACGUUCGUAUUUAGUACAACAUAGAAGCAACCUUUACCAGCUUUUACUCGUCCACAGUCUUUUACAUCGGAAAGGCGGGUGCGCGUGUGAAAAUUCAUAUCUUGAGGAAGGGAGAAACGCAAAGAAAGAAAAGGAAGAAACAAAAGGGUAGCGGUAGCUAACUAGCUGCUGUGACCGAUUCGUCGCCACCACCGCUGUCGAUCUGGCGACGUUAAGGGAAGAGCGCAGUUUCCAAUAGAUAGAGAAUGUAACGAUUUCUGCGAGAUCUUCUCGUGAGGCAAGGAAGAGGAGAGAAGAGACGAGGCGAGCAGUCUACAGUAAUUGGUGGCGAUUUUCUAAAUUUAGAGGGAGGGCCGCUUCAUCAUCGGGAGGGAAGUUUAUGGCGUGAGGUGUUAUUGGUGCGCAAACGGACUCGCCCGUUUUCUUCGCGGAAAAGAGCUGAAGCUCAUCGACAGUCUACAGGAUGCACGCGGUUGGAUUGCACUCGGCGCUGGCCAUCAAGCGUCAGCGAAUGCGUCGAGACGAGCAGCGUCGCGCGCGCGAGCGUCGUUAUAGCGCGCAAUCGGGCGAAAGCGGCCUGACAUCGCCUAGAGCUUCAACCGGAUCGCUGGACCACCAUGGCAGGCAUCACAAGGGCACGCAUAGCGGGGCGCGUGCGGCCGGUCAGGGUAUGCUGGACACGAAGGUGGUCACUUCGAUCGGAAUGCUGCACAUCGGCGUGGUAUUCCUGGUACUGGGCGCUUUCCUACUGAUGAGCGGCUUGUUGCCAGGCGAUCUCACUCACUGGGGCACUAAAGCAUCUGGUGGCUGGUGGAACGAGCUGGUCGCGGUCGGCCUGUUCGCAAUCCUAGUCGGUAUUUUCUUGAUUGUUCUGAAUCGCGUGAUAGCGAAGAAGGAGGAAGACGAUCUCGAGGAAUACGUACAACGGCAACUCACCAGAUCUCGAUCAGGACAUCGAUUGGAGCGGGAUGUGGAAACCGGUGGACUGACCACUCGCCAUGCCAGACGGGCGAAACAGAUGAGACAGGUGUCAUCGGACACAUGCCUUGAGAUCAAGGAUAAUGGCAAGGUCGAUGGCGGCGGUUCGCCGCCACGGAGCCCGCCGCCACGGAGCCCGCCGCCGGCGUACACGCCGCAGAUCGCGAUCAACGGCGACAAUCAGUCGGCGGUCCAGUCGGCACUGUACCUGGAGCAGAUUACUGAGGAAGAAAUUAUCAGCGACCGUGUCGAGACCUCGACCACCAACAGUCUCAGCCCGAGCUCGCCCAGUGAGACCCGAGAGCUGCUGCAGAAUGCGCGAUACUCGAAGCAGAAUGGAAAUCCGCAGCAGAUUCAUCGACCGCUUUACGUCUCUAAGAUCUAGACGAUAGGAUUGAAAGAGGAUGAAAGGAGUAACACACAAGCGUAUAACGCGUACGCGCGGAAAAGUUUACCUUCUACCCAUUCUUAUCAGCGUCUUCUGACUGUAAUAUUCUUGGGAGUGAAAUUCCGCAAUCAGCGUACAUCAUUCUCCCGCAUCGACGUGGGCAAAUCGUAUAAUGAGUAAUGACCUUGUGAGGAAACGCAACACUGAAAAACAGACAGUAUGCGAAACGAAACUUGACGCUGCAAGAUAAUCAAAACGGACAGACCUGAGAAGAUGGAAUCUCUGCGUGAAUUAAAUAGCGACUUUUACGCGGCGUAUCGCGACAGUCCUCAUAUUUAUAUCGAAUCGAGACGUACAUCAUGAUAUCCGAACAUUUCUUUCGAGAGGAAAACUUCCGAAGAGAAUUUAAAAACUGAAACUUUCGAUAAUCAUGUGCACAUAAUCACAAACAAACAUAUAUACACGUAUAACACACUCGACGGACGGACGAAGAUAGGAAAUCGAAGAAUCGAAUUCAAGGACCAAGAAUUACAUUACCUGUGGAGAUUAUAUCAUUAGAAAGAAACACAACUUUGCGAAACGACUUUGCUAUUAAAACGUAUUCUAUAU